UUUUGGAUCUUCUCAUUCUAAUUGGAAUAUGAGACUCAAUCUAAAAACAAAUGCUCCCUACAUCCAAAUUUACAAGUCUUGGUUUGAAAUGGUAUGAUUUUUAAUAAAAAGAUAAAAAUAUAGUUAUCUUCUUCCUAUGUCCUUUAGUUUAUAUUAGAGGUGGCACAACUUUUUAUGUCUUUUUUUCAUUCUUUUAUAAAUAUAAGGGUAACAAAGGAUACUGAAGAAUUAAGAAUUUCCACUUUUAGAAAGUGGAUAUAUAUUUUGGUAAAUUCCAAAGAGGAAAGCAAGACACUUAGAUUGGGACAAAGAGAGUAGAUUUAGAAACUUUAAGAGUCAAGAUAAAGGACACAUCAAGGCCCAAUUAAUUAUUUAGACCUGUUUAGUAGUAUCUUAAGCUGGUGUCUGCAAUUAUUGCCCACAGUCCAGCAUUUACUGAAAUUACUAACAUACUUUGGACUAACAAAUUUAAACAAAAGUCAAUUUGAUUUGACCACAUAAUCUGUGGAAACUUCACUCAUUUUUUUGACAAUUGUACUUGGGCAUCUUCACCGCUCAUAAACAAGGGUUGGAGGAUGAGGUUAUCAGUUUGAUCCCAUAUAAUAUAGGUUGUGAGUACCUAUAGAAAAGAAAAUAUGAAUAACCUUUAAAAGCCUUUUUUUAAUUGUUAUGAGCUUUAGCUUUGUUCCUAGGCUUCUGAAAAUGAGAUUUCAAUUUGACGAAUUAUAUUCUAUAUCAUCAAUCACUCUCAGGGCCUUCUAGCAUUUUGAAAAAUUUUUGGAUGUUAGGUUUUAAGGUCAAUAGUUUUUUGGUUAUGACUUUAUUGUUUUACUCUUGCCAAAUUUGGUCUUAUUUAUUAUUAUAAAGUCUUCCUAGAUUAAGAGUUUUUAUAUUUGGAAGUUUCUUUUGUGCUGGUAGUGCUUCUUUAUUGGCAAUUUCAAUGAAAGUUCUAUAUUUCAAAUUACUGGCCCAAUCAAAAGUCAUUGAAAUUUAUAGACAUAGGGAAAAUAAAUUGAUGCAUUACAAUUUCAGUACUUCUAGUAGGUUUCCUGCCAAUUUUGGUUGAAAGAAAAAUCUUUUGUUCAAUUUUCUUCAAGGCACUUAAAUUUUUUAUUUAAUUAGUUAAUCAUUGACUAUAGUCAUUUAUGUCUUUGAGUUAUGGAACAUUUAUGUUUUUCAUCUUCAUUUAGGGUAGACUUGAGGCCAUAAUUAUACAUAAGGCUUAAGUCAUUAUUGUGCUUAGUUAUUAUUUGGUUGAGAAUUGAUUCACGUUAGAAUUUUUCUGUUUGUGUGUGUCUGUGUACGUUACGCAUUAAAGAUCCAACCGUAUGGUCAUACUUUUGUGACAAAUUUUUAGUUUCACUUGUCAUGUCAAAAGUAUUAUAUGAUUGAGAUUAUUGUGAGAUGCUGUUAAAAUACAGCAAGCUGGUCAUUAAUGAUGUUUUAAUCAUCUCUUGCUCAUAGCAGACACUUGACAUUUAUAUGGUUUUUUGAAGCUUGGAAGGUCUGUCAGGCUCACAUUAUUAAAACUUUCCUUUAAGUCAUGGUUUAAUGACCAACAUCCCUUGCCAUUCUCUACACUACCUGGGCAUCGUUUAAGAAUUAAAAUGAAUUAACAAUAUAGUCAUAAGAACUCAAACAAUUUAGCAAUCAACUAUGCUUGUAUGAUAUAGGUAAUGCAAUGACCAUUGAGAAGGAAACUUUUUAAGCUGUGAGGGUCCAAAAUAAAAAGAAAUUGAUUCCAAAAUUACCCCUCAACGGAUCCCAUAAAUUACUGAAAGGUUGUUACAUGACUUUACACGGGUUGAAAUUUGUUUUGCAAGGUGUUGAUGCUUUUUGUGAGCAUUAAUGGCUAUCCUUAGCAUAGAUUAUUGAAGAUAAGGUUGCUUUUAAGCAGUUACUGCAUGUAGGUUUUUCCGGGAAACUUUUUUCCAUUUGUGCGUUCUGUGUAGCUCCUCUUAAUUGAUUUUUAUUAGAGUUGUCAUAUACAUUAAUUUUUCGUAACCACUAUGACCUAUGUCUUUCCGUGAAACGGCUAUAAAGGGGUAAGAAAUGGGGCAAGAUUGUUCAUAGCAAAAUUGUUCUUGCACUCGCUAGUUUUCAUCUCUUCAUUUUGAAAGUAGCUCUGUUCCCAAUUUUCAACUUAAGCAAUGAAUCCCUACUUGCCCUCUGAUAAAGAAAAUGCUGAGAAGCAUGUGGGUCUCCUUUCAUGCUUCUAUUGCAAAAUGGUGUUCAACAAUCACCAGGCUCUUGGGGCCCAUCUUAGGGUUCACCAGGAGGAGAUCAAUGCGUGGAAGAGCUGGAACUAUCCUGUCCAUUCCAGCACUUUUAUUGAUGGUACUGGUUCUGCCCUUAAUCCCAUAUCCAUGAGCCUGCCUGAUAAUUCCUCUGGAGGUGCUUGGAAUAAUCCAAGUACACUUUUCAGCGGGGUGACCUCUAAUUUGGAUUUCUCCAAUUUCUGCUCAAAUGAAUCCAGCUGGGUAAAUGCGAGCAAUUACUCUCAGAACAAUGUUGGAUAUGCCAGAUCUCAGUAUUUCAUGUCACCAAAUCUUUCAUAUGGCAGUGCCAGUGCCGGAUUUCAUCCUUCUGCUCCUUCAUCCUCGACAUUCUUUAUUCCAUCUGCUAGCCCUGCUACCACCGGUUUUCCUAUGGGUCCCUCAUCAUAUUUCAAUUCAUAUGGUGCCUGUCAGUUUAAUACUGACGAAUUGAGGACAUUUAGGGAUGGUAUGCCAUUCCCCCCUAGAUGUGACUUGCCAAACUUUCAUCAUCACAACCUUAGUCAUGGUCAAUGUUCAGGCCAAACUGGAGUUGGUAAGUAUAAUAAUGCUUUAACUUGUGAAGGAGGUAGGAAACGCUGUUUAGGUGAAGUCCUGGGCAACUCUGACAUGAUGAAUUCAUCAAAAAGGCCUCAGAUCAGCUCUAGCCUGCAUGCAGAAACAGAGAAACCUCAGAAGAAAGAGCUACUUCUUUUUAAGGAUGUGGAGGACUCCUUUGCUGGGUUGGGGAUUUCUGUUGAUGACAAAGAGGGUGAAGCAGAUCUGGAUCUAUCCCUUCACCUGUAG